CUCAAGGUUUCCGUGUGCGCAUGCGCACAACUUGGGGUGGUUGAAUUAUUACUUUUUUUUUUGUUUUUAAUUAUAGCUUUUGUGCCGCCGGUCCGGUCGUCGCGUGUGUUUAAUAACACACGCGCCUAGUGUAUUUUAUCUGCCUUUUUUGGGGGAGUCGGGGGGGGAUAAUGUAUUCAUCCAUGUGAAGACGAGUUGACGAAACGAGGCGAGCUGUUUUUUUUUUUUUUUUUUUUUGUCCUUGUUGCAGUCAGACUAUGUCGACAAAUAAAACAAAGAAAGUCAAAAUGGCUACGAAAUCUUGUCCCGAAUGCGACCAACAGAUUCCCGUGGCGUGCAAGUCGUGCCCGUGCGGCUACGUCUUCAUCAGCAGGAAGCUCCUCAACGCCAAACUGAAUGAGUGCUCGUCCGCAAACUCGGCGGACAAGUUGGAAUGCAAGCGUCGGCGCACGGAGCGCAUCCGGCGCGAGCGACUGGACUGCGGCCUGACGCACGGGGGGGGCGACGGCGGGGACGGGAGGAGGCAGCACCCGAGGACCAACGGCCAGUCGGAUCCCAUCCGGAGGGGGCGGGGGAGACCCAAGACCGUUGGAAUCAAGAAACACGACGAUGACAAAGAGAAACAAGAGAAGGAAGUGGACGUGUACGCGGGCCUGUCGGACGAGCGGGCCUUCGUGUUCUCCGUGGCCUUGGCUGAGAUCAACCGCAAGAUCCUGGCUCAAACGCUCAUCUUGUAGCCGUGCGCAAGGGGGACACAAGAGGGCGCCGUUACAGGAGGACUUUUUACAAGGACUUUGGCUCGAGGAGGUGAAGAGAUCUCGGACGUACUUUGAAAUAAACUACGACAACUUU